GGGAGGAUAGGGCCGUUGUUUGAGUGCUAUUGUAUCCCACCACCCUGCUCAGGACAUCAGGGUCAAACCAAUAACAAUGCAUGGCCAGUAAGCGGCCACUCAUGGCUCAUAGGAAGAGGCCGGGGACCAGCGUAGUGAACGGCAUGGCUGCCCCAGGACCUGCCUCUUGCCCCACUCCUCGUCCUACAGAGUCAUGUGAUCUGAAAGCCAUUCCCCCUCGCCAACGCCCGGUCCGCUACCCCAAAGAGCCUCGUGAUCAGAAACCUCUCCCCCGUUCCUGUAAGGCACAAUACUCUUCUCCCAAAUCGCCAGACGUGGGUCGCACCCAUCCAGAAGUGGAGGAGAACGCAGAGGUGGAAGUGAAGCUGUACAGCAACCCAGCAGAUGCAGAACUGGAGAACAAGCGGCCAGCAACACCCUCUACGCCAGAACAUGAACGUGAACCAGAUGUUCAUGUGCGGGCGGACUUCCACGGUGGAGCUGACAGCCUGGAUGAUGACUCCAGCUCUGACUACAUUAACAACACCUCAGAUGAAGACUACAAUGAUGGGAUGGCAGAGGAAGAUGAAGGUGUGACUUACUACAUCCGCUAUUGCCCGGAGGACGACAGUUACAUGGAGGGUAUGAAUUGCAGCAACCAGGGGGAGUGUAACCCCAGCCAGAGCCAGGGGGACGGUGUCACCCCCAUGGCGGAAGGGGGAGACCCCACUGAAGAGCGUCCGGAAGCUGUGGAAGGGUGGGUCGAGGAGGUAGAGGGGGAGGGGCCAGCAGAAGUGAGAGAGGAAGAAUGGGUGGAAGAUGAGGAGGUAGAGGGGGCAGUGAGGGAAGAGUGGAGAGAAGAGGAAGAAGGGGUGAGGCAGGAGUGGAAAGAGGGAGAUGAAGAGCCGAGGGAGGAGUGGAUAGAGGGAGAUGAGGAGCCGAGGGAGGAGUGGAUAGAGGGAGAUGAGGAGGGAGAUGAAGAGCCGAGGGAGGAGUGGAUAGAGGGAGAUGAGGAGGGAGAUGAAGAGCCGAAGGAGGAGUGGAUAGAGGGAGAUGUGGAGGGAGAGGAAGUGCCGAAGGAGGAGUGGAUUGAGGGAAAUGUGGAGGGAGACGAAGUGCCGAAGGAGGAGUGGAGAGCGGGAGAUGUGGAGGGAGAGGAAGUGCCGAGGGAGGAGUGGAGAGAAGGAGAUGAGGAGCCGAGGGAGGAAUGGAGAGAAGGAGAUGAGGAGCCCAGGGAGGAAUGGAGAGAAGGAGAUGAGGAGCCCAGGGAGGAAUGGAGAGAAGGAGAUGAGGAGCCGAGGGAGGAAUGGAGAGAGGGAGAUGAAGAUCCCAGGGAGGAGUGGAGAGAGGGAGACGAGGAGGUGAGGGAGGAGUGGAUAGAGGAAGGCCAGGUCAGGCAGGAGGCCUGGGCGGGGCGAGAGAGGCACCUGGGGGAGGAGUGGGUGGAGGGAGAGGGGGAGGUUCGCUGCGACGUGGUGGAGCAGGAUCCAGACGAGCAGAUCUACAAUGGAAGACCAGAACCCAUUUUGGACCAUCACCAUAACAACCAUCACCACCACCAGCCCCCCCUUACAGACACCCUGCAGGACAGAGAGGAAGAGGAGGAGGCAGAGAGUGAGGAGUACUGCCCUAAUGAGGAAGAAGAUGAGGAUGGUGACGAAGAGGAGAGACAUGGCAGGGCCUACACUGGAGACUACUAUGCCCCAGAGGACAAUGGGAACUCGGUGCGAGUCUCUCCGUACCGUGGCUGUAAGGUGCUGGUGGUAGAGGGGGAGACGGGGGAGGAGGCGGAGGAGGACAUUGACCAAAUAGUAGCUGAGAUCAAGAUAAGUAUGAGCAUGGGGAGUCUGAGCAGCGGCACGGACCAGAGCCCGGAGGAGCUGGCGCAGGACCCUGCCCCGAGCGACUACCCUCACCCCAAGCCUGACGCUGCCCCCUACCCACCAGCUCCCCAUCGCCAUGACAGCAGACCCAAGUCCCUGAACCUGCCCUCCAUGCACCACAACACCCCCGACCUCCAGAGGGGCAUCAAGGCACACACACGCUCCUCUGAGGACAGGCAGCGAUGGCAACAAGAGCAGAGGAAAGAGGAGACAGGGAAAAAGAAUGUGUCACUUCAAAGUGUUAGCGCCUGCACAUGUGUGAUCACCCAGACAGACCCGUGUGAUGACUGCCCCUUAUACUCACAUCACUUCUGUGACAAGCCUGUCCACACACCUGCCCAGUGGGAGGCUAUCUACCUGACGAGGAAGACCCUGCGGCACUGGCGCGGCAGGAGGGACGGCGAGCUGAUGAGAUCAAGCGUCCCCGGCAGACGGACAGAGAGGAAGCGCGAGGAGAAGACGGGAGUGAAGUUAUAG